CGAAACACUUUUAGCGAUGGAUUCGAUCCUCGGUGAAGUGAAGCAGAAAUACAAGAUUGUUUCCGUUCCAUAGGUCUAAUCUCUCAGUUGGGUAUUCGUGCUGAAAUGAUCCUCUUUUAUUGGCAUCUCUUUGGUCGUUCGAUAUUCACAUUUAACUUAAGUAAUUUUAAUACUAGAAAUAAUAAUGUAUGCUUUAUUUUUCAAAUAAAUUAUUAUUUUUUAUCGAAGAUGAGUGAAAAUUAUAAGGGGCACGUAUUUGAUUAUGUUAAUACAAAAAGACACCAAUUUCUUUCGUAUCAAAUUUCAUUUUUAACACGACAAAACGCAAUUCGAACAUAAAAUUCUUCAUAAAUAUGCGAUGAAAUCCGAAACCUAUUUCAUAUGCAACGCGUCGGUUGAAGAUCUACAAAACGGUCACUACAUCUCGGACUUCAUAAAUAGACUGACAUAAAACAAAGAAUGUCGUGGACUAAGGUGGUAGCGAUAACUGGUUGCGAUAGUGGCCUGGGUUGGAGUAUAGCUGCGCGUUCAGCGCGAGAGGGUUUCAUUACUGUGGCUGGCAUGUAUAACGGUAUUAACACAGAAGCAGCUAAGUCUCUGAACCGUCUUCGCGCUCAUCCCCACAAGCUGGAUAUCACCGACGCCAGUAGUAUACUAAGUUUUUACGAUUAUGUCAAGAAAAUUUUGCAUGAUAACAAUAACUAUGAAUUAUACGCAAUUGUUAACAACGCGGGAGUUAUGACUAUUGGAGAUUAUGAGUGGCAAACACCAAAAAUUAUAGAAGAUACAAUUAACAUCAACUUACUUGGAACUAUGAAUUUCACUUCAGCUUUCUUGCCAGAUUUACGCAGGAACGCAUUAAAGAAUAAAAACAACCCUCGUAUAAUCAACGUAGCAAGUCAUUGUGGCCUUCAACCAUUACCUGGUUUCGGGCCGUACAGCGCAAGUAAAGCUGGUUUACUCGCCUGGAGUAAAGCGUUACGUCUUGAACACAUGAACAUGGGGUUAAAAGUUGUUUCAUUCAUACCAGGUGGUUUCGUUGGUGCCAGUAAUCUUAUGACGAACCAGUAUUCAAACGCAAAUGCUAUGGUGGAACAUCUGACCGAAGAACAAAAAUCGCUUUACGAAACAAAAAUUCGUAGAUUAAAUGAUUAUUUAAAACUUGCUUCGAAUAAUUCAAGAUUUGAUUCCUUAAAAGAUGAAAAUAUAAUUGAAACAUUUAUGAUGGCUCUAACUGAUGAAAAUCCUAAGACAAUGUACAAAGUUGAAUCGUGGCGUUACAAACUUUAUUAUAAUUUGUUUAAGUUUCCUCUGCCGGAUAAAUCUUACAGAUGGUUGAUUAAUAAAUUUCUGGACUUCCCAAAAUAAACAAUUGAA